UCUUAUGCAGGAAUGAUUGGACAAGCGAUUCUCUCAUCAUCUGACAGCAGAUUGAGUUUGAACGAGAUCUACAAUUGGAUCGCCACAGUUUUUCCAUUCUUUGAACGUGGCGAUCGUGGAUGGCAAAACAGCAUUCGACACAAUCUCAGUUUGAACAAGAGCUUCGAAAAGGUGGAACGUGCUGCCAACGUUCCAGGAAAAGGAGGUUGGUGGGCGAUCAAG